AUGCUUAAAACACUCUUGAGAGCCAAUAUACUGCGCACUACCAGCAGCAACGUGAGGGCUGCAUUGCCAUUAUACCAGAAAUCAUUAUACUCUACAUCACCCAAUUUCACUACCAUUGACAAAGCCGAAGUACAAAAGUUCAGCGACAAGGCAGCAGAAUGGUGGGAUCCAUCUGGAGAAUUCUCCAUGUUGCAACUACUGAACCCACCUCGGGUGUCCUAUGUUCGCGAUCAAUUGGUUGGAGCAGACAGCGAGGCAGCUAAAAGUGGAAAGCCAUUUGCUAACAUUCGCAUGUUGGACAUUGGAUGUGGUGGUGGUUUGUUAUCAGAGUCUUUAGUGCGUUUAGGUGGCGAUGUUGUUGGCGCAGAUGCUUCAGAGGACAAUAUCAAAAUGGCUAAAUUGCACGCCCGUAAAGAUCCUAGUUUAUGGCGAGGACCAGGCAAGAUUGACUAUAGACAUUCGACAGCUGAGGAAAUCUUGAGAGGAGGCGAACUAUUUGAUGUCGUUUUGGCGAUGGAGAUCAUUGAACAUGUCAACCAGCCCUUGGAGUUUCUGAGAACUUGCGCCAGUUUAACACGACCUGGAGGUGAUCUGUUCCUGUCCACCAUGUCUCGCACACCAGCUGCCUAUGCAUUGACAGUGUUGUUGGCUGAAAAGGUAUUAGGUAUGGUACAUGAUGGCACGCAUGACUGGAGUAAAUACAUUAAAAGCAAGGAGUUGCGUGAAGCCAUUGAAUCGUUUGGAGACGAAUGGGAAGUGAGAGAUGUGCGUGGUAUCUCUUGGGAUCCCUUGGACCGUCAAUGGAAGGUAGCUGAGCGUAACGGAUUAGUCGGUAUUGGUGGUUUCGAAUCAUUAGAGAUCAAUUACAUAAUGAGAGCCUCCAAGAAAAUGUUGCAAUAA